UAACAGAACACUCUAUUCUCAAUCUCCUUCUCUGUACUCUCUUCUUCUUCCUCUCCUUCUCUGUUCUUCCCCUGAUUCUCUGAUUUUUCUUCUCAAAUUCACCUCCCUUCUUCCUCGAUCUAGUCUAUUUCUAUGUUCUUAAUCGCCGGGAAAGAUCCAGAUCCGUCACGGCUGUUACAACUUGGUAUAAUAGCCUCUUCUUGGCAAACUUUGACGAGGGCAAUCAGAAUUCGAGAAUUCGCAGCUUUCACCAACAACGGGGGAAUGGAGCGACGCGAUGACGCACGGCCUGAUCCAAGCUUUCUGAGUUUGUCAAAGCUACGUCAAACAGGGAUUGCGAUCGAAAUUGGCAUCGCAGGGCAUCCGUUUGCUCCCUGUAGCUUAGCUCAUCCACCACCUGUUCGAAGAAAUGCGGAGUUGAAGGUCCUUCUGCCAAGAAGCGGAGUUUCAAACCAACCUGCUGACGCACUUGGAAUCAACGGCCAAUCUCACGGUAAUUUCACCUCCACUCUGCCGUUGGCAUUUCCUUCUUUCGAUGGGGAGAACCCUAAAGAAUGGAUUAUAGAAUGUGAGUUGUUGUUUGAUGAGUCGGGAAUACCGGAUGAGCGGAGAGUUGAGUUGGCGGCAGCAAAGUUCCAUCGUAGGCCGGCUAUUUGGUUCUGGAAUUGGGGGUUGCGUCGAGCCGUGUUAGAUUGGGAUGAGUUUGUUGAUGCGGUAUGCAACCAUUUUGGCAGUACAUGUAGACUAUCACUUCCCUCCUUCUCGGGUGAAAAUCCUAAGGAUUGGGUUAGGAAAUGUGAAGAGUUGUUUCGUUUUCACAAAAUACCUAAGCAUGAGAGGGUGGGUCGGGCAUCAAUCUGUCUUGAAGGAAGGGCUCUCGGGUGGUUUCGAUAUUGGCACCCUCGUCAUGAUUUUUGCAGUUGGCCAACAUUUGCUACGGCUGUGUGUGAGUAUUUUUGGGAUUUGAAUAUAGAGUGGGUAGUUGGGGUGUUCAACAUGCUUAUAAUGCUAGAGUCGGUAGAGGAGUAUCAAGAGUGAUUUGAGGUAUUGAAAGUGGCACUACUGAGGCUGGAUCCAACAUUACCAGAAGCCUACUUCAUUAAGGGUUUUCUACGUGGCUUGCCGGGUGAUAUUCAAGCAUUGGUGAGGAAGUCACAGCCACAAACUCUUCUCCAAGAAUACCAUCAAGCUCACUUAGAAGAGGAUACCAUCGAGACUUGCAAAAGCCAGAAGCAAUCUCAGCUGGGUGAUUACUCAGCUCAAGACGUUUUCCCACCGCCUGUUCGCCGAAAUACUGAGGCCUCCCUUUUCCCUCCACCUACAGGUACCUAUCUGCCUCUCCUACUUGAACCGGAUUUCCCUUCCUUUUGUGGCGAGAACCCUAGGGCUUGGAUUAGCUUGUGUGAGCAUCUGUUUGGAACAUGUAUUGUCCCUGAGCAUGAGAAGGUUGAGAGGGAAGCAACUAAAUUCGGGUCUAGGCCAGAGGUGUGGUUCAGAAUGUGGAGUUCUUGACGUCCAGCCUUGGUUUGGGGUGAUUUUGCGGCUGCUCUUUGUCGACGAUUUGAACGUUUUGGAUGGUACAAGGAUCCUGUUGAGAAACACACUAGAGGCUCCAUUGAUAGUGAAAAGGCAGGUCCUUGUGUGGUAAGAAAUCAUGAGAAGUACCUAGUGGACUUGGUCUAUAAUUUGGUGGAGCAAACUGGAU